GAAGUGGGAUAUGACGAUAUUUGAUUUUAUGGUAGCUUCUUUUCAAUAUUAUCUAAAUGUAGCCGUUAUAUAAAAUCUUACAAUUUUCCCUUUUGCACAGUGCAGAUUAACAUAAUUUGAGGUUAAACAAUCAGUGCAUCUGACUGGUGUGCGACAGUUAUAUCUGUGCGUGCCUUACGUUUCAGCAAACAGGCUAACGCUAGCUAACGUUACUGGGGCUACCUCUCGCAUCCUCCAUAGGUUUAGCCAGCAGUUACAGCGGUAGAGGCUUUUGCUUUUCAGGGUUGUUGCAUCUCUAAAUAAUACCGAAACCCUACGUGACUGCUUUUCAACACAUAGAGCUAAGUCAUGAGUGCAGAAGACCCAAAUCCUGCCGCCACACCCACCCCAUGUCAAGACACCCAGGGAGAUGGCCGAUGGAUGUCUCUGCACAACCGCUUUGUGUCUGACAGCAAAGACAAAGAACCUGAUGUUCUGUUUGUUGGAGACUCUCUCAUUCAGCUCAUGCACCAGUUCGGGAUAUGGAGGCAGCUGUUUUCUCCUCUCCAUGCCCUAAAUUUUGGAGUAGGUGGUGAUGCAACACAGCAUGUGCUAUGGAGACUGACAAACGGCGAGCUGGAUAACAUCAGCCCCAAGGUUGUAGUUCUGUGGGUAGGCACCAAUAAUCACGGACACACUCCGGAACAGAUCUGCAGCGGCAUCAUGGCUAUUGUCCAGGUCAUCAAGAACAAGCUUCCCCAUGCUCGCACGCUCAUACUUGGUCUUCUGCCAAGAGGAAAAUCCCCAAAUCCUCUCCGAGAACGAAAUGCCAAAGUGAACAAACUGGUUCAGGAGGCUGUGUCAUCCCUCCCACAUGCCUCUUUCCUCAAUGUGGACCCAGGCUUUGUUCAUUCCAGCGGUGCCAUCUCUCACCAGGAUAUGUAUGACUACCUUCACCUGACCCCUCAGGGCUACCAGGCCGUGUGUGAACCCCUGCAUGCUCAUCUCAAAUCAAUGCUGGAAAAACCUGCUGAGAACUGAGUGAGCUGGGCACUCAUUUACACUACGGCAGUGGUCCUCCUUCCUGUUUGCAGAGAGCAUCAUAUAGAAACAAAUAUUAACGGCAAGCGUCUGCACAAGCUAUUUGUGUACUGUAAGUCCUAUCCAUGACCAGGCUGGUGACCACUGUCACAGGUAAUGGGACCAAGUGUUAAUUGGACAAAGUAAGAUAAAGUUUUUGUGUUCAUGAUAUAGUCAGAAUCUAAAUGUGAUGUGCUACAGACAAGUCACUGCCUCAGUUCCCCGUAAGCAUCUGUUUCAUUUGUUUUUGGUUCUAAGUAUUAUGUAAUUUCUUUACCGUAAGAUUGAAUGCGUGUAUUAAAAUGACUGUGUCACCUAAGGAGUCAGAGCCACUGACUUAACAGUGGAGACAAUGAAAUGAAAUUUGAGGAGAUAAUGUUCUGGAGCACACAUUGUAAACAAAUCCACAUUCCCACUGGUUAUGAAUAACACAUUCAACAACAACAUUUCAUGUAUCAAAUAUUGGUUGCUGUACUUAAAGCUUUAUUAUUGAGUUUUUUCACAUCAUUAAAGUUUGAUUUAUUUGGUUUUCUGAAGAAAAAAACACUGACAAAUACACUGUGACUGGAUUACUAGCUGAGGGGCACAAAGUAAAAUAUUGAACAUACAAGAACUGGUGUCCCUAGAAAAUCCCUCUAAUUUCAGUUUAUUUGAUAAUAGCUUUGUUCACUCUGUUGCGACAUGUGAUGUAUUUGUAUGUAUUUGUACGUGUUCAUUUCAAUGACCAAAUGUUUUGGAUUGACCAUUAUUGUGUGCUUGCUUUUUAUCAUGUCAUUAUUUGUUUUUUUGCUUCACCUGUUGUAAUAGCAUGAGAAUGAGAGGCUCUGUCUUGUUACACACCCCUCAGACCACCCAGAGAGCUUGAUUUAAUUAUGCUAUGGAAUUGAGUUUGCUUUGAGGUGGCUCAUAAGUAAUGAUUGAAUGCAAUAAACAUGAAAAAAAUG